AGUGUCUCACUUCAGAGUUUGGCAAACUGUCUUGCUCAACCCUUCUCUUCAAGAAAUGCAGGAAGACAAAGUAGUGAUGGGGUGAUAUAGUUUUAACACAUGACAGAAUAUGAGGAAGAAAAUGAAAGUGUUUUUUUUGUAAAGGCUGCAACAACAAAUACGCAAAGUGUGUGUAUGGGAACUGCUGAAUCAUGGCCUGAACCUCUGAUGGAUCACCUGAGGCGAGCCAUGAGUCAGCCAGAGGAGCACAGCUGAAGGCAAUUCACCUGUGCUGCCAGAAGGGGUGGAGCCUGGCUGCACCUCUCCUAGACCCAUUGAAGAGCUGACUGCCAGCAGGGAAGGAUCUCUUCUGGAGAUCUGCUCCACUGGGCUUUAGUAAGCAAGCUCAGGAUAUGGAUGGUGUGGUAGCUGAAAUUGAGAGAAAGAUUACAGAAGCUUUUGAGGCAUUUGAUCACGAAGGAAGUGAAACUGUGGAUGUCAGAGAGAUUGGUUCAAUUGUCAGGUCACUUGGUUGUUUCCCGACUGAGGCAGAGCUACAUGAACUGCUUGCAAAGGUAGAAGAAGAACCACCAACUGGAUAUGUUCAUCUAGAAAAAUUUCUUCCAGUGAUGACAAAAGUAUUACUGGACAGAAGCUACAGGCCUAUUCCAGAAGAUGUUCUUCUACAUGCGUUUGAGGCUUUAGAUGAGAAUAAAAGUGGAUACGUUACUAAAGAGGAUCUGGUGAAACAUAUGACUGAAGAAGGUGAACCGUUUACUGAGGAAGAAAUGGAAGAGAUGCUCUCCAGUGCUCUAGAUCCAGAAACAAAUGCAGUUCAUUACAGAGACUACAUUCCAAUGAUGAUAGUAGAUGAAACUGAUCAUCUUCCACAGUAGACUCUGAGGUGCCUUUUGGUAACAGCAAUGUAGCUUAGCAGUUGGUUGAAAUUCCAAGUAUAACAAAACACAGUGUGUGACCUUGUGCUUAUAAUUAAAUUCAAAUCUGUGUAGUUAUA